AUGUCGUGGAAGCCAUCGGAGAGGUUGAUGCAAACCAUCGCUCACUAUGCCAGCUUUCCGCCCACUGGAGUCAGUCUUCGCCAAAUGGUGCAGUUUGGCGAGAAGCCCUCUACUGGGACGCUCUUCCGCGCUUCGCAGUUUCUCUCCGAAGAGCUUCCAGUGCGCCUCGCCCACCGAGUUGAAGAGUUGACUAGAUUACCAGAUGGACUUAAUGAGAUGACUUCCAUCAAAAAGGUCAGGGAUUGGUAUGCUCAGUCUUUCGAAGAGAUCACAACCCUACCGCGACCCGAAUUAGACUCCGACACCCGAAAACGCUUGCUCGGCCCUCCCAAAAAGCCGGCCAACAAACUAUCCACUGCGACACGAAACCCGAGUUUGAAGCCCGAUGACAGUGGCAAUGGAAGUGGCAAGGCUGGGCUGAAUACCCGUCGCUAUUUUGCUCCCUUAGACGACGGCCAAGAUUGGCCUCCGGUGCUCGCGGAGUACAACCGAAAGUUUUCUCGCAUGCUGGAGAUCAUCAAGAGGAGACACGACCCAGUCGUAACCACUGUGGCUCAAGGAAUCAACGAAUGGAAGCGCAGACAACAACGCAUGCAGAUUGACUCGUCUAUCCAGUCAUUUCUCGAUCGUUUCUACAUGUCGCGUAUCGGAAUCCGUAUGCUCAUCGGUCAACAUAUUGCGCUGACAGAGCAGAGCUCACACCGACAUCCCAAUUACGUUGGCAUAAUAUGCACCAAGACCAACGUCAAGGAACUUGCGGAAGAGGCCAUAGAGAACGCGCGAUUCGUGUGCGAGGACCAUUACGGCUUGUUCGAUGCUCCCAAAGUCCAAUUGUUCUGUCCACCGAACUUGACGUUCAUGUACGUCCCGGGCCAUCUCUCGCACAUGCUAUUCGAGACUCUGAAGAAUUCGCUUCGAGCCGUUGUCGAAACUCAUGGAGCGGAAAAGGAGGAGUUUCCUGUGACGAAGGUGAUUGUCGCGGAGGGGAAAGAAGACAUCACCAUCAAAAUCAGCGACGAGGGAGGCGGCAUUCCAAGAUCCGCCAUCCCGCUUGUUUGGACCUACAUGUACACUACCGUCGACACCACACCGGAACUGGAUCCGGGGUUCAACGCCAGUGAUUUCAAGGCACCCAUGGCUGGCUUUGGGUAUGGAUUGCCCAUUUCACGAUUAUACGCACGCUACUUUGGAGGAGAUCUCAAGUUGAUCUCGAUGGAAGGGUACGGAACGGAUGUAUACCUGCAUCUCAACCGGCUCUCAUCGUCCUCGGAACCUCUGCAAUAA